CAUCCCCUCCCCAGUGCGUGACAGAACAUACGAAGCAGCUCCUCAUCGAGCUCUGCGUCUGCCACGCUUGAAUCGAAAGCUACAUAAAGGAGGAGACUUUCUAGGGUUUCUGCUGCUCACGGAGUGCGUACAGUCUCGCCUCCCUCGCGCCCCCUCUCUUGGCGCUUCGACUCGGGAAUCUUCACUUGACAUCGAUGGGAGGUUCUGUGAAGGAAGUCCGAUCGAAGCAAGAGCUCGACGCCGUCGUGAAGGGCGGAGCUCCGUCGGUCCUCCAUUUCUGGGCCUCCUGGUGCGAUGCGUCCAAGCACAUGGACCAAGUCUUCUCUCACCUCUCCACCGAUUUCCCCCUCGCCAAUUUCCUCCGGGUUGAGGCUGAAGAGCAACCUGAGAUAUCUGAGACUUAUGCAGUGUCUGCUGUGCCCUACUUUGUGUUUCUCAAGGAUGGUAAAGUUGUUGACACGUUGGAAGGUGCAAAUCCAUCUAGUCUGGCUAACAAAGUAGCUAAAGUUGCAGGAUCGAUCAACCCUGGUGCACCUGCAGCUCCUGCCAGUCUUGGGAUGGCUGCAGGACCUGCAGUUCUUGAGACAGUGCAGGAGUUUGCAAGGGGAAAUGGUUCUUUCCAAGUGCAGCAACAUGGGGAACCUGUUAAAAUUGACGCACUUAAAGUUCGACUGCAGCAGCUAAUUGAUUCUCAUCCAGUAAUGCUAUUCAUGAAAGGAAGCCCUGAAGCCCCUAAGUGUGGAUUCAGCCAAAAAGUUACAGAUAUUUUGAAGAAAGAAGGGGUCAAAUUUGGAACAUUUGACAUCUUAUCUGACACUGAGGUUCGUGAGGGAUUGAAGAAGUUUUCAAAUUGGCCAACUUUUCCCCAGCUUUACUGCAAGGGAGAACUGCUUGGGGGAUGUGACAUAGUAACUGCCAUGCAUGAUAGUGGUGAACUGACAGAAGUUUUCAGGGGUCAUGGGAUCAGUAUUGCUGCUUCUGAUGAGGCAACAAAUGAAGAAACUGGAAGUGGUAAGGCUGGCAUCACAGAAUCCACUGGCUUGAGUUCAGCUCUUACAUCUCGGCUUGAAAGCCUCACAAAUUCAAGUCAAGUCAUGCUAUUUAUGAAGGGAAAACCUGAUGAGCCCAAGUGUGGUUUCAGCAGAAAGGUAGUUGAGAUACUUAGACAAGAGAAAGUGGAGUUUGAGAGCUUUGACAUUCUCUCUGAUGAUGAGGUCCGCCAAGGGCUCAAAGUUUAUUCGAACUGGUCCAGCUAUCCCCAGCUUUAUAUCAAGGGUGAACUCAUUGGAGGAUCGGACAUUGUAUUGGACAUGCAGAAAAGUGGGCAACUUGAGAAGGUUUUACUCGAGAAAGGAAUUGUUCGGAAAGAAAAUCUCGAAGACCGUCUUAGGAAGUUGGUUAGCUUGUCACCUGUUAUGCUUUUCAUGAAGGGCACCCCUGAUGCUCCUCGGUGUGGAUUUAGCUCCAAGGUUGUGAAUGCCCUUAAUGAGGAGGGGGUUGCCUUCGGCUCCUUCGAUAUUUUAACCGACGAAGAAGUAAGGCUAGGUCUUAAAGCCUUCUCCAAAUGGCCUACCUUUCCCCAACUUUACUACAAAGGCGAGCUAAUAGGAGGCUGUGAUAUUGUAAUGGAUCUUAAAAAUGGUGGAGAGCUAAAGGCCACCCUAUCUGAGUAGAGUUGCUCCAAAAUCAUGCCACAAGCCAAGACGCAGCUGGACAGCAACAUCAGUUUCUUUUUGCAUGUUCGUCGAUGCUUUGUUUGUUCCAGAGGUUUUUAUUUUUUAUUUUACCAUAAAUUUGUUAUAUCAAC